CAGUGUUUGCAGGAUCCGGGCCCUGGACGGAAUGGUUCUUGGAAGAAGUGUUUUGAGCUUCGCGCAGCGGGGCUGAGGUCGCUGAUGGGCUCGCUUAGGUGCUAUCCCCCGCUGAAGAACGAUUCUGGUUUAACUUGCGCGGGGGGGUUGGAGGGUUGUUUUUUAACAGGUUGCCUCCCACUGCAGCUGCGUUUGCAAACCUAGGAGCGCUGCUGGCGUAGCUGCUUCUCGCCCCGUCUCCUCCUUUCUCCAUCCCCCCCACCCCCUUGCUCAGCAGGGCUGAGGCUUGGCGACCGGUCCCUCUUAAAAGCGCCUGCGCUCCCCGGCCACCCUCCGGCUGCUCGGAGCGGCUGGCGGCUCGCAAUGGCCAUGGCCUCCCCUGCCAUCGGGCAAUGCCCCUACCCCCUGCUCCUGGACAAAGAGCAGCAGCUUUUCCUGCAGAGCCUCAGCGCCAACGAGAGGAAGAAGAUCCUCAAGCGCUCGGCGUCCGGUGACAUGAAGCAGUGGAGGCGCCAGACGCCGGCGCAGCAGCAGCUCGCCGCGGGGGCUGCAGCCGGAGCGAUGCCCCAGCAGCGGGGCACGGAGCAGGGCAGCGGGCAGGCUGGAGGCGGCUGGGGGCCCGAGGACGGGGAGCGCCCGCGGGGCGAAGCUGGGGGCAGGCGGCUCCUUGGCACCGCGGAGGACCCCGGCCCGGGGCGCGCGGCGCCCGCCCAGCAGGACGCGGCUCCCUCGGCCGUGCCGCAGUCCCGGGAGCCGUUCGCGGGCAGCAGCGGAGCCGGGGCCCCGAGCCCGCCCGGGGAAGAAGUGGAGCUGGCCGGCUGCAGCCCCCAGGACCCGCCCGCCUCCCCCGGCUUGGGCAAAGCGCCCCGCUCCGGGCUGCUCCACCUGCGCCUGCGGCUGCGCUCCGGGGCGCCGCGCCAGCUGCCCGACGUGCGGACCAUCUUCGAGCAGCCCCGGGACCCCCGCGUGCGGGAGGAGAAGGGGGAGGGGCACCGCUUCGAGGCCUUCGCGCUCGGCAGGGGCUGGUGCGACCUGUGCGGGGAGGCGGUGCAGCAACGGGCCCUGCGCUGCACCAAUUGCAAAUAUACCUGCCAUCAAGAAUGCAGAAGCCUGAUUCAGCUGGACUGCAGCCAACAAGGAGAGCCCCAGAACAAACCCUCGCCAGAAAAUACACUGACACAAAACUGCAGCCAGAAUGUAACAAAACCAGCAGAAGAAGAAAAACCCAAAGCUCCCACUACCCAGGAGAUCGAACAGAUAAUCAAUAGUUACAAUGCCAAGGUUACAAAUUGCUUCGUGAUGAAGCUGAAUGAGGAUGGCACUUACACGGGCUUCAUUAAAGUGCACUUGAAACUGCGCCGGCCUGUGACGGUGCCAGCAGGGAUUCGGCCGCAGUCUAUCUAUGAUGCCCUCAAGGAGGUGAACCUGGCUGAUAUGACGGAAAAGAGAACUUCCUUCUACUUGCCGCUGGAUGCAGUCAAGCAGCUGCACAUCAGCAGCACGACCACAGUCAGCGAGGUGAUCCAGGGGCUGCUCAAGAAGUUCAUGGUGGUGGACAACCCUCAGAAGUUUGCACUUUUCAAGGAGAUGCAGAGAGAUGGGCAAGUUCUCUUCCAGAAGCUCUCUCUCACCGAAUACCCCUUGUAUCUCCGGCUGCUGGCUGGCCCUGACACAGAUGUUCUCAGUUUUGUGCUGAAGGAAAAUGAAACGGGGGAAGUUGAGUGGGAUGCAUUCUCUAUCCCAGAGCUACAAAAUUUCUUAAUGAUACUGGACAGAGAGGAAAAAGACAAAAUUCAGCAAGUACAAAAGAAGUACAGCAAGUUUAAACAAAGACUGGAGGAGACUUUGAAAGAAGCAGGAGGAAAACCUGGAUAACCAAACAAAGCAUAUCCUUCGCACAGCAACAAAGGGAUGUGUGAAAAGGAAGGAAACCCGAUGGUAAAGCCAUGAAAAGGGGUAGGUGCAGCUGGAACACCUGAAAUGACUUUAAACUGACUACCUGAGUUGAAAGCAUCCCUUGAAACUUGUUACAUGGCGAAAUAAUUCCACUUCAGAGGUCCGGGUCCACUCGAUGCAAAGUGAUGACAGAAGGCAAUUUUAAGAGUCUCAGAUUUACCUCAGUGCCUUUUUUUAAGUGUAAAAUCUUUACUGUAAAGCUAAUGAGGAUCAUCGGUUGGGAAGGGCUUUUCUGAAAGGCCUCAGUCACUUUCCCUCUGCCUGUUCUCUGAAGUACUAUAAGUAUGAAGCUGAUUUUGUGGGGGGAGGAAGGAAUGGUCAGUUCCCCCCCCCAAGGUGACUAUAUGCUUGUUUUUGUUUGUUUCCAGUUUUAAACGGGAGAAAGUGACUGCACCGCUUAGCAAGCCCGCCACCAUGUCGAGACGCCACUUUGUGUCACAGCUGGUAGCUUACGUUUUAGCUAGUAGCAUAGACAGGCUUGAUAAUAGGGCUGCAGGGCAGGGAAAGGCACCUAGCUGUACUGUAUUCCUUCCCCAGGUGACCUUUAACAACCAUGAGGUAGCAGCGCAGGCUUUGUGGGUGUUUGCCCACUUGUAAAAAUGGGGAGAAUACUUACUGACCUCACAGUGUACUUGUGAAGUCAGUAAGUAGCACUUAGUGCUUCAGCCCUUGAAAGCACUAUGUACAAAUAUUGACUGAGCAGAAAGAAGCACACUGUAAAAUGUCAUUGGUUCUGAGAAGCAAGAUCCAGAUUGUUUUUAAUUUCAUCUCAUCUUGCUGGCUAGAAGUUUUAUGGGUGUUUUUACUGAUUUUUUUUUUCCAGCGACCAUCCCACACUCUGGACCCCUAGCAUGUCUUUAACGUUUUGUAGAAGGCAUGGCUUCUUAUGCAAUUAUGGUGAAUGCUGCUGAAAACCUCCUGCAAAGAGGGAGGGCUGUUUUUGUUGGCUAUGGGGCAUUUAAAGAGAAAAACCUUGAAAUUCUGAUGCAAAGCACAGUCAAGUGACCUGUGCCAAAGGCACAAGCUUUAGACAUUAGCAAAGGCCCCCUUCCUUCAGAUGCGCAAAAUACUGCUGGCAGUGCCUUUGGUUAGUAUUGUGUUGCCUACUGUAUGUGUGAAAUUUUUUUGUCAGCUGUACAACCUGUAAAAACUAUGUAUAGAAUGGAAUAGUAAAGCUUCUGUGGCACAGUGAAAUGCAUUUUUGCAAUGCUGUAAUUUAUUUUUACUACUCCCUCUUAAUUCUGUGGUAUUUUUAAAAGUCACUCAGCUUUUAUGAAAGUUCUGCAACUUGGUUCAGAUGCAAACAGUGUAAGAGAGAGAUAAUAAAAGAGUCAAUGAUAAAGAGGAAUUGUGUCUGUUCCAUUUAAAGUUGU